AGGCCCAGAUUGCAGAGCCUGCUUGGGAUUCUCUCUGUCCCUUCCCCACUCUAAACUUAAAAAAAAAAAAACUUCAAAACCUUAAAAGAAAAAAUAAAGGUGAUGGGAUGAUACCAGCACAGUGGGUGUAAAUCUUGGCAAAUUCUACUUGAAGGAACUGGACAUUGGCUUUUGUUUUUGUUUUUAAGAGAGAAUCUAAAGCAGGCUCCACAUUGAGUGUGGAGCCCUACACUGGACUCAAUCUCACAACCAUGGCAUCAUGACCUGAGCUAAAAUAGAGUUGGAUAUUCAACCAACUGAGCCACCCAGGUGCCCCUGUAACUUUUCUUUCUAAACCAUGAGAAGAUUUAUGUGAUGUUUCAAGGCCUGAGGAAAAAUGACCUUUUGGCAGGUUUGGGUCAAUAGUGUGGCCUAAAGAUGUUGGAAUAGGCUUUUUAGAUUGAGCUUUGUGUUCAUGCAUCUUAUUUUCAGAUUAACAGUAUUCUGGAAAUACCCAGCCUUAAGUGUUCUCUUGUAAGGCUAGAGAUGAGAGGAUGUAAGGACCCCAGCACAUACUCAGUAAGAUUACCCUUUUGUCAUGGAAUGUAUUAAAGUAGUGGUCCUCAACCUGAGGAGUUAAAAAGACAUGUACAGGCAAUAUCACAGGCCAAUUAAGUCAGAUUAUAGAGGUAGGACCCAGGCCUCAGUACCUUUUAAAGAUUCCCCAGGAGAUUCCAAGGUGCAGCAGCCAAGAUUGAGAUCUGGUGCUGUCUAGACUGAGCCUAUCUUGUUUGAGAAAUACGUUCAGAAGUUUAAAACAGACCUGUCUUCCUCCUGCCCCCUAUCCUCCAGCCUGGUGAGAUUGAAGUCUUUGACAUGACGUGAGAUGUAAAAUUAAUCCUUUUUAUCCUGUUGUGUGAACUCUACAUGUGAAAUUUCUCACCUUCAAAUAGGAGUGAGGGCUGGGUCUCUUCCCUUCCUUGUCUUAGGUCUUACAUGUUCUGCCUGGGUCCAUUUCAAGUUGUAACAGAGUAGACUCAAACUAUAGACAUUAACCUAUAGUUUCAGGUUUCUAGGAAUUUGCCUUUCAUGGUAUAGAAACCUUAGCUAUGCUGAGUAUUGCCAGAAUUAGUGGUUUUCUGCGUAUAGAUAACAAGCAACCUUUUCUAAUACACGUGCCUUCAUAUAGUGACUAUAAAAGACUUCUGAUCCUGUUGUCUCGUGUAGGAUAAUAGCAUCUCAGAGUUGGGUGUGAGGAGUAGUUUGAUGGUUAAACCAUCUGUGCAAGGGCUUCAAGGGGAAUAGUUGAAGAAGGAAAUAAAAAUCACCUGUAGUCACAACAACUAGAGGAAAUCAUUGUUUAUGGUUUGCUAUAUCCUGUCACAUACACAAAAAAAAUUAGCCAGGGGAUAAUGUGUCAACCUGCUGGUUUCUUGUGGUUUUUUUUUUUGUUUUGUUUUGUUUUGUUUAAGCUGGAGGAGGAAUACUAGCUGAUGGAAAUAAUUGGGUUGGGUGGGGAGAAGUGCUUUAAGAGGACUUCCUGGAAGUCAGGAGACCUGAAUUCUGGCUCUGGAUCCACCACUAAGUGGGUGUAGGGAAUAUCCCAAUGUUUCUUGAGCUUCAAUUCCCACUUGUGUAAAAUGAGAGUCGGAAGUAGAUGCUAUCCGAACUUUCUGAUCAUUCUGGGUACAAACAAGCUUCCCAAGGAGAAGGAGUUUGGGAAAUGUAUAUAGGGGGGCGGGGCCCAGUUGCGUUCACACUGCCCACGUUCUGUAAUCCCCCUCUUCAAUAUCCAACUCCUCUUGCGUGGUCUCCUGUUGGUCAUCCUGCACCUCACGGCCACGCAAGCAACUUCCCUCACAGCCCUAGGAGCCUACCCUAUUAGAUGGGGCCAUAGGGUUUGUGUCGCAGGAGUCUUUGACACGUCACAAUGCGCAGGGGAGCCCCUACCUAGGGCCCUCAAUUCCCACCAGAAAGGCCCUCGGAGGCUGUAGUGGUUGGGAUGUCGCGCGUGUGCGAGUGUCCUCUGCGGCUGGAAAAGGGCUUCAUCUUGGAUGGUGUGGCCGUGAGCACCAUGGCCCGCACCUAUGAGCGCCUGAGGCCCAAGGUCUGGUCGGCGAUUCCGCCCUACAACGCUCAGCAGGACUACCACGCCCGCCGAUACUUCCGGAGCCGCGUGGUUCCGCCAGUGCUGCGCCGGACUGAACAGGAUCUCGGGGGCACAGGCAGGGAUGGCUGGAUAGUGGAUUAUUUCCACAUCUUCGGGCAAGGACAGAGAUACCUGAACCGGAGAAACUGGGCAGGGGCAGGGCAUUCCCUCCAGCAGGUGACAGGGCAUGAUAACUACAAUGCUGAUCUGAAAAUGAUCAACGGGUUCAAUGGUCGGUAUGGCUAUCGCAGGAACACCCCAGACCUCCGCCAGCGCCCAUCGGUCUUUGGAGAGGUCACCCGAUUCCCUCUCUUCUGACAGCAUCUCUUCCCUUCCCACCCCUUGACCUGAAUAGAAGACAGAUGUUUAGAUGAUCUCUCAAUUCUAUUUUUAUAUAAACAGUGAUGUUAUUGUGCC